GUUCAACAUCACCGCCGAGGACGCUGCCAUUUCCCUCUCACGACUGAACACGGCCAUGGACAGAGAGAACUGCCGGAAGCUGACCCCCGCGGGCUGCGAGAUGCCAAAGUCACGUCCCUCUUGCUCCGCGUCGCACCCCUACAGGACCAUCGACGGCACCUGCAACAACCUCGGGCACCCGAAGUGGGGUUCUGCCAUGACGCCCUUCGUGAGGUACCUCGUGCCUGCCUAUGAGGACGGCGUUGACUCCAUGCGCGGCGACGGCAGGACAGGAGCGCGCGCCCUGCCCUCCCCUCGCGCAGUCAGCAGGAUGCUCCAGGGCGCCGAGAACCGCCCUCCGCUCCCGCAUGUCACCCUCAUGGUCAUGCAGUGGGGCCAGUUUCUUGACCAUGAUGUCGUCCACACACCUGAGUCUGCUGGUGCCAUCGAGAACAACAAGACCAUGCCGCUGACCUGUUGCAAGGACGGCAACCCUUACCACGACCUCUACAAUGCCCCUAAAGACUGCAAGCCCAUCGAUGUAUCCGAUGACCCUCUCUUCGGCCACUACUACAACAGGACCUGCAUGAGAUUCGUCAGGUCGCUCGUGGCCAGCAGAGGGUGCCUGUUUGGCCCACGCGAACAAUUCAACCAAAACACAGCCUACAUUGACGCUUCGGCGGUGUACGGAUCGAGGGUCGACAUCGCGGGAAAUCUGCGCGCCUUUCGCGCUGGCCGCCUGGUCGUGACCCAGGGGGAAGGGAGGGGGAGCGGCCAUCUCCUGCCGCAGGCCAAGUGCGGGCACAGCGACGGAUUCUGCUUCAAGGCAGGUCAGUUGGAGGGCGAGGAGGAGCUUUGGGGGGAUGAUCGCGUGAACGAACAGCCUGGACUGACUUCGAUGCACACCCUAUGGCUGAGAGUCCACAACCACCUCGCUAGACAGCUGGCUUCCUUCAAUCCACACUGGGACGACGAAAUGAUCUACCAGGAAUCACGACGAGUGGUAUCGGCUCUCGUUCAGCAAGUAACGUACAGAGAGUUCUUGCCUGUCAUCCUCGGCGAGUCCAGAAUGCUAGAGUAUGGCCUGUGGCUUAAGCAGAGCGGGUACUCGGAUUCGUAUGACCCGCAAGUGGAUGCCUCUAUUGCCAACGUCUUCGCGACUGCUGCUUAUAGGUUCGGCCACAGCCUCGUCAACGACAUCCUGAAGAGCGCGGGCGAGACCGUACCUCUCCUGGAGAACUUCAUGGACCCGCACCUCCUCCUCGAGAAGAAGACCACCACCUCGGCCUUGCUCGAGGGCCUGGCCACCUCCCGCUCGCAGGCCCUCGACUCGUACUUGGUGCCGACGCUCACCAACAAGCUCUUCGCCAGCCCGCACGAGCCGCUUGGCCUCGACCUCAUGGCUCUGAACAUCCAGCGCGGGAGGGAUCACGGUCUGCCGCCCUACAACGACUGGAGAAAAGCCUGUCGUCUGCCACCUGUCACGACCUUCUACGAGCUGGCAACUGUCAUGGCACCGGAAGUGGCAGAGGGCUUCAAAAGCGUAUACCAGAAUGUCAGUGAAAUCGACGUGUUCCCUGCUGGUCUGGCGGAGCACGCUGUCCCGGGCGGCUUACUCGGACCUACCUUCUCCUGCAUCAUCGGCCAGCAAUUCGCCAGCCUCAGGACGGGGGACAGGUUCUGGUAUGAGAAUCAGCGCCAGCCCAAGCCUUUUACAGCAGAGCAACUCGCCUCUCUACGCAAACUGAGUCUGGCAUCGUUAACGUGCGAGCAUACAUCACUGGAAUACCUUCAGCCAAAUCUCUUCCUCUCUGCCAACACCAAUGGUUCCGAAAUCUGA